AUGUCAAAAUCGUUCCAAGUCACCUCGAUUGACGGUAUUGCCAAAGUAAUCAAUGAAAUAAUGCUGGACUUUAAAAUUGAUAAUGAAAAAGUUACCCAUGUAGUUACUGACAAUGCCUCAAAUUUUGGCAAGGCAUUUCGUACAUUUUCAAAACAAUUUAAUGUGACUGAUACACAUAUUUCUGAUUCAAAUUAUUUAGGCUUAAUAAGUAGUGAUGACUCAGAUAGCGAUGUUAACAUAGUGAUGACUGAUGAUGAUGUAAAUGAUUCUAAUCUUGAAUUUGACGUUGUAGAUUUGUCUUCAUUGAUGUUAAAUCAUAAAGAAACAAUUACUAAUACAAUGUCUCUACCAAGUCAUUUAACAUGUUCAGCACACACGUUAAAUCUAAUAGCUUCAGUUGAUACUGCCAAAAUAGUUGAUCAAGCCUAUAAUUAA